GCGCGCUUGUAACAAGCUGUGCCUGGUUGGGGCGGGGAAAGCAAUCUCCCCUUCGCCUUCAUGACCUUGGGCGCUACUGAGCACCUGUUCCGCAAGCUAGGAAGCGAAGGCAUUCCUUGCCCGCCCCGCGUUUGCUUCGCGUCGUCCCAGUUCGUUCUCCCGACCGCGAGUGGGAAGUCUUCUUCACAGCCUUAAGUUUGCUGCGGGGCAGCUACCGCCGCCGGCCACCUCCACUUAUCAUUGGCCAAGGCGCGCUGUGGAGUGGCCGGGAGAGGCGCUGACAGCAAGCGGUUUCUGGGGGCUGCAGAGACGGCGGGAGGCGCUGGCUGGAGGGCUUUUUUUGUUUGUGUGUGGGCUUUUUUGUUUUCGCCUGCACCCUCCUCCAGUCCCGGGAGGAGAAGGGGAUCGCGGAGCUCGAGGGAAAGGAGCGCUUCAGCUGUUGUCCCAGCGGUUUUCCUCAGCUGCACCUCGGCUGUCUCGCUUUCCAGCCCUGGCAAACUUGAGGCGUCUUGAGCGCGGGGGCGGCCGCUUGUUUGUCCUCCUCCCGCGGACAGCCUAGGACGCACCAUGGCGCCUCCCACGCACAGGCUGUAGGCAAAAGCCGCUCCGCUCUUGCCCGGCCGUGCUGAGAGGCUUGUUUGUUUGCGGAGCCCACCUCCGAAGGAGACGCCGCUUACCGACCGCCCUAGCGGCUCGACUGAACAGGUUUUUUUCUGUUGAAAAGAUGGUUCUUUAUUUGGAUUGGCUUGUUCAUUUCCUGCUUGUACUUUUGUAUCAUUGGAUGGACACAACUUUAUCCCUAAAUCUUGAGGAUCCAAAUGUGUGUAGCCACUGGGAGAGUUAUUCUGUUACAGUGCAAGAAUCCUAUCCACAUCCUUUUGAUCAAAUUUACUACACCAGCUGUACAGACAUAUUGAACUGGUUUAAAUGCACACGACACAGAAUUAGUUACCGUACUGCCUACAGACAUGGAGAAAAAACAAUGUACAGACGGAAAUCCCAGUGUUGCCCUGGAUUUUAUGAAAGCAGAGAAAUGUGCAUCCCUCACUGUGCUGAUAAAUGUGUCCAUGGCCGUUGUAUUGCUCCAAACACCUGUCAGUGUGAGCCUGGCUGGGGUGGACCCAACUGCUCCAGUGCAUGUGAUAGUUACCACUGGGGACCCCACUGUAGUAGUCGAUGCCAGUGCAAAAAUGGAGCCUUGUGUAACCCCAUCACUGGAGCCUGCCACUGUGCUGCCGGAUUCAAGGGAUGGCGCUGUGAGGAACACUGUGAUCAAGGGACAUAUGGAAAUGAUUGCCAUCAAAAAUGUCAGUGUCAGAAUGGAGCCACCUGUGAUCAUGUGACUGGAGAAUGCAGAUGCCCUCCUGGAUACACCGGAGCUUUCUGUGAGGAUCUUUGUCCCCCUGGUAAACAUGGGCCACAGUGUGAAGAAAGAUGUCCGUGCCAGAAUGGAGGAGUGUGUCAUCAUGUAACUGGGGAAUGUGCCUGUCCUCCUGGCUGGCUGGGCACAGUCUGUGGUCAGCCUUGUCCUGAAGGGCGUCAUGGAAAGAACUGCUCCCAAGAAUGUCAGUGUCACAAUGGAGGGACAUGUGAUUCUGCAACAGGUCAAUGUCACUGCAGCCCAGGUUAUACAGGGGAACGGUGUCAAGAUGAAUGUCCAGUGGGUACUUUUGGAGUACAAUGUUCAGAGACCUGCCAAUGCAUGAAUGGUGGGAAAUGCUAUCACAUUAGUGGCGCAUGUCUUUGUGAGCCAGGAUAUACAGGAGAGCACUGUGAAACAAGGCUGUGCACUGAAGGUGUCUAUGGUAUCAAAUGUGACAAAAGGUGUCCCUGUCACUUGCCAAAUACUCAAAGCUGUCAUCCUAUGUCUGGAGAAUGCUCCUGCAAGCCGGGCUGGUCUGGACUCUACUGUAAUGAGACCUGUUCCCCAGGAUUCUAUGGUGAAUCUUGUCAACAGAUCUGCAGUUGCCAAAAUGGCGCUGACUGUGAUAGUGUGACUGGAAAAUGCAUCUGUGCUCCAGGAUUUAAGGGUUCUGAUUGUUCUAUUCCUUGCCCUCUUGGAACAUAUGGAGUAAAAUGUUCCUCUACAUGCAACUGCAAAAAUGAGGCCAUCUGUUCCCCAGUGGAUGGCUCUUGUACCUGUAAAGCUGGUUGGCAUGGUGUAGAUUGUUCUAUAAACUGCCCUAGUGGGACAUGGGGCCUUGGCUGUAACUUAACUUGCCAGUGCCUUAAUGGAGGGGCAUGCAAUACUCUGGAUGGAACUUGCACUUGCGCUCCAGGAUGGAGAGGAGAAAAAUGUGAACACCCUUGCCAGGAUGGCACAUAUGGGUUGGACUGUGCAGAGCGCUGCGACUGCAGCCAUGCAGAUGGCUGCCACCCAACUACUGGCUACUGUCGCUGCCUCCCAGGAUGGUCAGGUAUGCGUUGUGACAGUGUAUGUGCUGAAGGACAUUGGGGUCCAAAUUGUUCAUUGUCCUGCUAUUGCAAAAAUGGAGCAUCAUGCUCUCCAGAUGAAGGGAUCUGUGAAUGUGCACCUGGCUACAGAGGCACUACUUGUCAAAGAAUUUGCUCUCCCGGAUUUUAUGGCCAUCGCUGUAGCCAGGCAUGCCCCCAGUGUGUCCACAGCAGUGGCCCAUGCCACCAUGUGACUGGACUGUGUGACUGCUUACCUGGUUUCACAGGAGCUCUCUGCAAUGAAGUCUGUCCCAGUGGCAGAUUUGGGAAGAACUGUGCAGGAAUUUGCACAUGCACCAACAAUGGAACCUGUAAUCCAAUUGACAGGUCUUGUCAAUGUUAUCCUGGCUGGAUUGGUAGUGACUGUUCUCAGUCUUGCCCUCCCUCCCACUGGGGCCCAAAUUGUAUCCAUACCUGCAAUUGCCAUAAUGGAGCUCGCUGUAGUGCCUAUGAUGGGGAAUGUAAAUGUACACCAGGGUGGACUGGUCUCUACUGUACCCAGAGAUGCCCUUUGGGGUUUUAUGGAAAGGAUUGUGCAUUAAUCUGCCAGUGUCAGAAUGGAGCUGAUUGUGAUCACAUAUCUGGGCAGUGUACAUGCCGCACAGGAUUCAUGGGAAAACACUGUGAACAGAAGUGCCCCCCAGGAACAUAUGGCUAUGGUUGCCGGCAGAUAUGUGACUGUCUGAACAACUCAACUUGUGACCACAUUACAGGCACCUGCUAUUGCAGCCCUGGCUGGAAAGGAGCAAGAUGUGACCAAGCUGGAGUAAUCAUAGUGGGAAAUUUGAACAGCUUAAGCCGCACUAGCGCUGCCAUGCCUGCUGAUUCUUACCAGAUUGGGGCGAUUGCUGGGAUCAUUAUUCUUGUCCUAGUUGUCCUCUUCCUGUUAGCACUAUUCAUCAUUUAUAGACAGAAGCAGAAGGGGAAAGAAACAAAUAUGCCAGCGGUUACCUAUACACCUGCCAUGAGGGUCAUCAAUGCAGAUUACUCCAUUUCAGAAACUAUUCCUCACAAUAAUGGUGGAAAUGCCAAUAGUCACUACUUCUCCAAUCCAAGCUAUCACACUCUAACACAGUGUUCAAACCCAGCAAAUGCCAACAACAUGGACAGGAUGACAUUGGCAAAGUCAAACAACAACCAGCUCUUUGUGAAUGUUAAGAAUGUGGAUCCCGGGAAGCGAGGCCCUGUCAUGGACUACACAGGAACUCUACCUGCUGACUGGAAGCAUGGCGGCUACCUCAAUGAGCUCGGGGCAUUUGGAAUUGACAGAGGUUGUACGGGGAAAUCUCUGAAAGAUCUAGUGAAAACUUCUGAAUACAAUUUAAGUAACUGUUCCUUAAGUAGUUCUGAAAAUCCAUAUGCUACUAUUAAAGACCCACCAGCACUCACACCAAAAAAUUCAGAAUGUGGAUAUGUUGAAAUGAAGUCACCAGCACGCAGGGAUUCAGCGUAUGCGGAAAUUAGUAAUUCUGCUUCAACCAACAAGAACGUCUAUGAAGUUGAACCUACAGUUAGUGUUGUCCAAGGAACAUUUAAUAACAAUGGACUUUUCAGCCAAGAUCUUUAUGAUCUACCGAAAAACAGCCACAUUCCUUGCCAUUAUGACCUGCUGCCUGUUCGGGAUAGCCCUCCGUCUUCAGACAAAGAUGAUGUCAGUGAAAGGCACCCGAUGAAUGCUCUGGAACACAGUGGAACUCUUAUGGAGAACUGAAGCCUAGUUAUCUUCCUUGCUCUAUGUUGUCAUCUCCGUUCAGUAGAAGUUUGCUGUACAGGAGUAUCAAACAAUGGUAUAUACAUACAUGGCAGAUGGAUAGAUACCAAGAAAAGACCCUACCAGAUUUUCCAUUGCAAUAAAUCUUUUUAGAGAAAGAAAUGCCAAACAUUCAUGUUGCAAUGUACUGGCUCGAAGGCACAAGCUUGCAGAGCAGUUCUGGGGCCAACUGCAAAAGAGAUGGCCAUUUUUCCACUAGCUCAACUUGCAUAGUUGACAUGCAAGCAAGACUGAAUGACCUACCAAAUAUUACCCUUAGCCAAGUCAUCUGAAUUACUAGGUGCUUUGAAAAGAAACUAAUGUUCUAUCACCUUUUCCUCAAGUCACUAAAUGCCCCUUGCCCAAGGCAUAUAAGGAGAUACAGUCUGCUAGAGCAUAAUUAACUGCAGCACUAGAGUGAUUUGGGAAAGCCAAGAUAAGAUAUUUACUCCAUUGCUGGUGAUGGAAAUAUAAUACAGGAAUUGCAGGGGAAGUCUUGGAUGAAUAUGCCUGAAGAGCUUUGUUGUGAAACCCGCUUUGCCCCCAGUUCUUGCCAAAUCAUCGGCACAGCUGAGGCUCACAAUGAGCAGUUCUGACUACCAUUUCUGUUUUACUCAAGUAAUAGUUCAUAACAUAUCAGCAAUUGUUUCAAAAACAUGUAAGUAAAGUGGUUUAUUUUUUGUCAAGAAGGACUGAAUGAGUAUGCAAGAGAAGGACAAAUUGUAGUGUAUGUUGUACAUGUUCAAUGCAAGAAAGGUUUAAGUUUUAUAAACAAGUAAGUGCUAUUGUUGAAAUAUGGAAUAAUAGUACAAUGUUUGAUUAUUCACCUGAAUAAUCAAUAGAACAAUGUUUAAUUAUUCGCCUGAAAUCAACUGAGCAAUCUUUGUGCAUACUUGUUAAAAAGGCAACUUUUUCUUUUUAUAAUUGAUUUAGGGAAAUAUGCUUAAGCUGGUCUUUUGCAUUGCUGAUAACCUGGCACAAUAUAUCCCACAUUUAAUUAACUUGUAUCUCUGUUUUAAAAUAAUGUAGCUAUGUUUUCUAGUUCUUAGAAUAACAGUGCAAAAAUAUAUUUUAUGUCCCUUGUAUUUUUGUCAAUUCCCUCCCUGCAAUUUUGUCUGAUUUAGGAACAGUGAUGAAGAAAAGAAAAAAACAUAUAUAGCUAAUGUCAGUUUCCCUACCAGAGAUAGGCUAGAAUGGUCACUUAAACCGGUAUGCAAACCGUUGAAAUUAGUAAGGAUGAAAACACACUGAUUUAAUAUUAAUGCGAGGGAUUAUUUUAUAACGAGAAAAACUAUUCAGUAGAAAAGAAAUCUGAUUAUUUCCCAUCCUGAGUUUCAACUAAUUUCUUUGACUCUAGAAGUGCCAUCUCUUUGUUCCAAAGGCAUUUUCUUUGUGUUCCAAUGAAUCAAUUUGUAGCUGAAUUAUUGUUUAGAAGUAAGAAUUGUCAAGGAAUUUAUAUCUCAUUGUAGAGUUGUUCUGCACAAUUCAGCUUUCCACUAUAAGAUUAUUUCUAGCCCUAACAGCAACAGAGAAUUCCCUAAACUAUGAAUUGAGUGUAAUUGUUAAUGUUCUCUUUAGUUUAUGACCUUCCAUCUCAUUGCCAUGUUAUAUUUAAAUCAUAAAGUUGAUAAGUCAUAUGUCAGGACUGUUAAGGUUGACAUAGUUGAGCAUGCUAGCAAAGUAUUUCCCUGCUAGCCUCAACCUGUGUACAGAUAUAGCUUCCUACCUUUAUAAACUGAACUCUAAUAUAAAUACCAGUAUGAAGGGAUUCCAGGAGGCAGAGUUGUUAAAUUCAAAGAACUCUUGUGAAUGCAAGUGAACAAAUGAAAUUGAAAAAAUCUGCAUGUAGUGUUGGAAAUGAAACACUUUUCUAGGUAUUCAGGAAGACACCCUGAGACUGAAGUACAAUUAUCUCUACUUUGCUUUAUUUGAUGCCAUUGAAGGUAUUUGCCAUCAGAAGUCAUUGCCAUAGCUCAAUUUAGCACUUGGCAACCUGUGUCUUUACACAUAAAAAGAUGCAUAAUCUGCUUGGGACAUGCACACAUGAAGAACAAAAAUAUGGAGUUUCAGAACUUAAGCAGCACCAAUAUCCUGCUGUGUAAUGGGUUUGGAAUGGUGUUUAGAAAUAAUAGCUAUACACUCUUUUGUACUGUGUUAUACAAACUCACAAAUAAAGGCUAUCUUUUUUUGAAA